AUUCGCUUUUCUUCCUCUCAAUUUUGCAAACAGCAGCAAUGUCGUGAGAAGGCGGUGAGUAAAACUCCCCUGACAGUGGUUGUAUGCACGUGGCCAUUUGAGAGCGUUUCGAGAGGAAGAGCGGACUGUCCCCAACCUCGGCCGUCCCCUGGGUCUAACUUCAGAAUCCCUAACUCGAUGGUUCUAAUAUACACAAGUAACUCUUCAAAUGCCUCUUUGGUCGGAUAUUAGUGAGGCAUUUACUAUUUCCAAGAUCCAUGUCACACACCCGCAAAGUAGAAUGAAGCGAACUGUUGAGCAGUGUACUCGUCUUUCAGUUAUCAGACGAGUGUCUCACCUAAGCCACGGGUGACGCGAGUUGUAAAAAGUUUACCAUACUUUCUGGAUUCGUGCCAAAAUUUCGGCAGACGCCAACCCACUAGGGUUAAUGAUGCUCCCAAGAUAAGUGAAGUGAUCAACACAAUUGUCUCACAUUCUAUCGUUAAUUCAGGCGUUGAUACAUACCAGUUCUGAAGCAACAUUUUUCAUUUGAAGGGGUUGGGACGUACCCCAAACAUGCCAGGAUUGUUGUUUGAGGUUAUCAGGAAUAUCUGUCUUCACUGAACAAAACUAUAUCAUCUGCACCAGCAGGAGAAUUUUAUGGAAGAAGAUCGAUUCCUGAUAAGUCAAGCGAUAGGUAUAAUCUCUUAAAGAAUUUUAAUGACGAAGUUAGGUAAAAUUGGGAGAAGCAGGUGACUAUGACAAACACAAUUUUAAUUUAUCAGCUUCGAUAAUUCACCGUAAGCUUUGAACCAACCAGUAGUUUUCGACUGGAGAACCUGUACAUAGUUAAUAUUUUUUUAGUACAUCUUUUAAUGAUGUUGCCACAAAACCUGUCGAUCUUAGGAGUCGAACGGUACAUUAACGUCGAGAAAUGCAACUUUUGCUGGGAGUUGGUAAAUAUUUGUCCCACAACUUGAUGAAUGAAGGAAUACUUAGUCGAUACAUUCUCACACAAGUCUUAAACUAGCGUGACUUACCCAGAUUUGAUCUUCACGAGCCCCAAUUAAGCGUUGAAUAAUUAUUGUGGCUGAAAAUUCGAAAACUAGAUUAGUCAAACUGAUUGCUUCGUGAUUAUUACGAGAAGAUUUUCACUUUUGAAUGGACUGGAACGAUCAACGACUGAAACCAGUCAUAUGAAGUCCCGGUCAAUCCAAUAGCCAGAACUGAACCAUCAUCCUCAAAUAUUCCUGAAAGUGAUCCAUCAGGGCUUUUAGCUCCCCCUCUCUUUAGGUUAGCUGUGACUUUUUCAACCUCAUCAAGAGUCGGGUGCUUUUGUUGACAUCCCAUUUUAAUGGCUUUGUAACAGUAGGCUACUGAAGAGUAACUGAAAAACAGUCAAGCUGUCCUUCUAAGCGUUUUACUCAUUGUUACAAUCUCCCGAACUUAGUGGAUCACCGUCUCAUCUCCUUUCUUAACAGUCUCACCAACUCCCGAAGUGUCAAUGCCUGUUUUUUGUAGACAUGUCUACUUUUUUUUCAUUGCUUUUAUUCUCACGAUCAUUACGUAGACUUCUUCAAUAUGUGUUUAAGUUUAUUUUGCUCCUUAUCGUAUUCCGAGUUUGAUGGGAAAAUUUUUGGACCACCUAUCAACUCUGUAGACACUAACAAAAUGCACUGUUCUGACCACCUUAAGCAACAAUACAACCAUCUUUGGGAUACGGUUUUCUCUCUACAGAUGUAAAAUGUUACUUCAGGAUUGGGCUGCCUCAUCGCCCGAAUUAGUGAUAGGGGUGAACCAGUUGAACACAUUCACCGUUUCACUUACUUUGGUAGUCUCAUCAGCACUGAGGGGCUGGUGUCUGACGAAAUCUCGGCAAGGAUUCAGAAGGCUCGAUUGGCUUGCAGCGUAGGCGAGAUAUCCGUCUCCCAACCAAAAAGCAAGUUUACUGUGCAGCAGUUCACUUUGUUCUACUUUAUGGAUGUGAAACGUGACCAUUAAGAGUAGAAGAUAUUCGUAGGUUACUGGUAUUCGACCAUAGGUGUCUACGAAGCAUUGCUCGUGUAUUUUGAGAUCACAGAGUAAUCAAUCCCUGGGUUAGGGAUAAAGUACUAGGUAAAGAUAAGAAAUUGACUUAUGAGGUAGUAAAUCCUCAUCAACUGAAGUGGUUGAGGUAUGUGUUGCGUAUGCCCAACCAUCACCUACCCCGACGGGCAGUUUUCUGAUGUAGGAGUUGGUCGGAAGAAAUCUAGGGGCGACCAAACAAAAACAGCAUCAGCCCAUGGAGACAUUGACUAUUGGACUGAAUUAUGGUAAUAGUUAUAGGAUACCUGGUUGGGGUUCGCGUGAUUAUCAUGACCAAUUGUUAGAGACUUUAAAUGACAGCUCAAAAUCGUUUGCAAUAUCGCAAGUGCAUACAUUCUUUGUCUUCCUCCAAAUUCUGAGAUUCUAAACUCAUAAUUUUCCGUCUUUAUUUCACUAGUUUAUACUUUGUUUUUGAGUAGUAUUUUCGUUGUUUAACCUUUCUUAUCGCCACUGAUACUGUUACUAUCUCUACUAUUGUUGGAUUUGGCCCGACAUCUCUUCGUGCUAAAUGGGUAUCGCAACUAGAAUAAAUGUACAUGCAUACAGGUUCUUAUUUGUAACUGAUUGAAAUUCACUGAUUUUUCAUAACCUUUCAUGUGAUUUUUCAUAGGUUGGUUUCCUACCGGAAAAUUCAUCGAUUUUGUUUCGGUUCCUCAACACUGAUGGUAUCAUUUUCUCAUGAUUUCUCCCUCUUUAUGUUAAUGUGGACUCUGACAAAUGAACUGUGUUAUCGAUUAGCCUAUUUGGGAAAAAUGACUUUCUAAAGGAUUGCUGUUGAGUGAUUUUAAUUUCAUCUUUUGAUUAUUCAAUAUUUAUCUCGUAAAGGGCCUACAUACACCAUCAACUUAUAAAGCAGUAAUGCUGAGAAUUCGCGAUCACGAACAAGUCCACUUUAUUAUCCUAAAAGCGAAUCGAUAAGUUGUACAUGUAUUCGAUUUACCUUUCUGAUCAAGUGAUGUGUACCUAGGAAUGGCUUGUGUCACUUUAAUUUUGCUUUUUUAAACUAUUUUUUCCAGAUAACUAAAUUUUUUAAUGCACAAACAAUGAAUCAGCUACCAAUUUUUCAUCACAUCAGGUUUUGUUUACUCGGUCGCACAGGACAGUCGAUCAGGUUUCGCUAUGUUCCUGAUCCGGGUACACUUGAACAGCGUUUAUUUCGAGAGGUCACAAAGCCCGUUAUACCACUUAUUAAUGUGCAUCCAGUCGAACGGCGUCUGCUCAGACAAGAAGAAAAUCGACUGCGUCAAGAAAAUAAUCCAUACCGAAGAUUUCUGAUUGAGAAAGCUAAAGAGGAUUUUUUGAAGCCUAUGAAUAAUAAUAUGGUACUAGUUUUUCAACAGCUGUAUCAUAAAGCUCGUGAAAUGGUGCCUGUAAAAAAUAAAUUACUUUUAAAGGAUAUGCACUUCAAAGGAUUUCCAUUAUCUAUUUUAAGAGAAGCUUCUAAAGGAACUCGUUAUGAAAUGUUUACACGCUAUAUGCUUCAUUCAAAUAUUCCUAAUGCGUAUCUGUUUUCUGAGCCUACUCCUGAAAAAUGUCGUUAUGCAAUAAACAUAACCAAAAAAGCUCAUUUUCUCCUUUUGCUUGGCGGUAUUGUUGAUUAUAGGAUCAUGACUGUACAACAACUGAAUGAGUUUGCUGCAUUGUCAUCUCAAGGCUUAGAUGGUGCACGUAGUCAUUUGGUGAUGUUAUUAGAGCAAAAUAGAGGCGAAAAAAUUGUACAAGACUUAAACUAUCAUCAGUCUUUCAUUGUUAAUGGAUUAAAAAACUUGUCUGAUGAAAUGAAAAAUAGUAACGAGUCAUCUUCAUCUGAUUCAUGA